UUCUAUCCCUUUCAUUUCAGUGGUGUCACAUGUUAGUGUUUUUUUCUGUCUUGUUUAUUUGUAGACAGAAGUAAUGUUAUUCGUGACAGUGUUUUAAAAUCUGUUUUAGCAUCAAAAAUUAUGUGGAUUACCGUGUCUCUCCUGCUAACUUUGACCGCGCAGGUGUGGUCCAUCGUUUGCCCGUGUGCACGACAAGAGCUCUGUCAACCCAUCCGAUCUCAGCCGGCGUUUGAGGUUUUUGUAUUUGAUGUUGGGAAAAAGGCUUGGAAAUUUUAUGACUGGACCAAAGUGACAACGGUUGCAGCUUUUGGAGAAUAUGAUGCUGAACUUUUGUGUUACGCUCACUCUAAAGGAGCUCGUGUGGUCCUGAAAGGAGAUGUGCCACUCUCAUAUAUUGUGGAUCCGGGAAAUAGGACAGCUUGGAUUCAGGAAAAAGUCCAGUUGGCACAGAGUCAGUUUAUGGAUGGAAUAAACAUAGACGUAGAGCAGGCAGUGGACACCGGCUCCCCUGAAUACUAUGCUUUGACAGCCCUUGUCAAGGAAACUACUGAAAGUUUUCACACAGAGAUCCCAGGCUCUCAGGUAUCAUUUGAUGUGGCUUGGUCGCCCAAAUGCAUUGACAAGCGUUGCUAUGACUACCUUGCCAUUGCCGAUUCAUGCGAUCUCUUGUUUGUUAUGUCCUAUGAUGAGCAAAGCCAGAUCUGGGGUGAUUGUAUUGCCAUGGUAAAUGCACCUUUCAAUCAAACAUUGACAGCCUAUGAUCAAUACCUCAGCAUGAGCAUUGACCCACAGAAACUUGUGAUGGGUGUACCAUGGUAUGGUUAUGACUACAGCUGCCUAAAUUUCACAAAGGAUGGAGUGUGUACAAUUCCAAAAGUGCCAUUCAGAGGAGCUCCAUGUAGUGAUGCGUCCGGCAGACAAAUUCCCUACAGCAUCAUGAUGAAACAGAUCAACAGCUCAAUAUCAGGAAGAUUGUGGGAUGAAAACCAGCGAGCUCCAUAUUAUAAUUACAAGGACACAGAAGGCAAGGUCCAUCAGGUGUGGUAUGAUGACCCAGAAAGCAUUGCUCUGAAAGCUGCCUAUGUGGCACAACGUGGUCUGAAAGGAAUCGGAAUGUGGAAUGGAAAUCUCCUAGACUACAGUGAUGAUCCAGUCGCCCAGAGACAGACUGUGGACAUGUGGAACGCCCUUACACCUAGUGAACACAGGGACUCUGCUGUUGCCUCUUAGGAUACUCCAACACUUUCUUGUCUGUACAUACAAAUGGUUUGAAUGACAUAAGGUGCUGUGCUUACUAUAAAUACUAGAUUUAUGUAUUUUUACUGUUUUAUCAUAAACUGAAUAAAUGGCACACUCCAUUUCAGCGAGCCUACGAAAACUUUUUAUUUAACUGAACAUUAACUGACAUUGGCACAUUUACUAAAUGCAUUUGCAUGAUCAUAAUUUCCAGUUCAAUACUGCAUGAUUCUAAGUCAGAGUGGGACAGGCUUUCUGUGGUUCUUAAAAAGGUUUUAAGAAGUCUUGAUUUCCCUAGUGAAAAAGAAAUAUACUAAAAUGUAUUUAAAAUACAUUUAUUUCAUGCUAAGUAUACUACUAAUACAUUUGCAUCUUAUCUACUUAACAAAAAUACCCGGCAAUUGUACUUUCAGUAUAUUAAACUGGCAUAAAGUCUGCUAAAUUUGAACAACUAAUUUUGCACAAUGCACUUUAGUUGAGCAGAAGUAGUGCUGAAGGCCAGCUAAACAUAUGCUUAAGUAUAUUUGAUUGUGCUAAAGUGGAACUACUGCAAGUAUACUUCAGGUACACUUUAAAUAUCUUGCAUUUAAAGAUCAAUAUUAUUUAAAGAUCAUACAAUUCCUCAUCAAUAGUGACAUUAAAACGUAUUUUUGGCUUAAUAUUAAGACAUGUAUUGUGCAAGUAGUACUCCAAAUAAAGUUUAAUUACAAUUUUUAUAUCAGUAAGUCUUGAGUGAUAUGUCAGUAAUUAUGUUAAUACACUUGAACUAUACUUAGUAUAAAAUAAGUGCAUUUUAAAUCUAUUACUUUUUUAAUAGGGUUGUCAUUCCAACUGGAACAGAAAGUCUCAAAUGUAUUAAAUCAUGGCAUUAAAUGUUGCAUGUGCUUAAAAAAAAAAAAAAAUCCUCAGUAAUUCUGUCUUCUUUUCCAAUACAAAUAUCUAAAUAUCCUUGAAUCAAGAUGCAUUUACCCGAGAUGCAAAAGAUGAGAUGUUCUUGUUUUAAUCAUAAAUUCAAGUUAGCUUCUCAAAUAAAUGUUUCUUGAUUUAGGAAUCCUUAGACAUUUGGACUGCAUGUACUGUACUGUAAAACUAAAAUACUGAGGAACAUCACAAGGUAAAGUUUCUCAAUAUUAAAUAUUCAUAGCAUAUAUUGAUGUAAUGCGCUUCCUUUCAUUUAUUCCCUA